AUGGCGGACGACCCCAGCGCGGCGGACAGGAACGUGGAGAUAUGGAAAAUCAAGAAGCUGAUCAAAAGUUUGGAGGCCGCCCGUGGUAAUGGCACCAGCAUGAUCUCCCUCAUCAUCCCACCUAAGGACCAGAUUUCCAGAGUGGCCAAAAUGUUAGCGGAUGAAUUUGGCACAGCUUCCAACAUCAAGAGUCGAGUCAACAGACUCUCGGUACUCGGGGCCAUCACCUCUGUACAGCAAAGACUAAAGCUGUAUAACAAGGUGCCACCCAAUGGCUUGGUUGUGUACUGCGGCACCAUUGUUACAGACGAAGGGAAGGAGAAAAAAGUUAAUAUCGACUUUGAGCCUUUUAAGCCAAUCAACACCUCCCUGUAUCUCUGUGACAACAAGUUCCACACUGAGGCAUUGACAGCCUUGCUCUCCGACGACAGUAAGUUUGGCUUUAUCGUGAUUGACGGUAGCGGGGCGCUGUUUGGCACACUGCAGGGGAACACCAGGGAGGUGCUGCACAAGUUCACUGUGGACCUACCUAAGAAGCACGGCAGAGGAGGACAGUCAGCUUUGCGAUUUGCUCGUCUAAGAAUGGAGAAGAGACACAACUACGUGAGGAAAGUGGCCGAAACGGCCGUGCAGCUGUUUGUAUCCAACGACAAGGUCAACGUGGCGGGAAUGGUUUUGGCCGGUUCCGCCGACUUCAAGACCGAGCUCAGCCAGUCGGACAUGUUUGACCCGAGGUUACAGGCCAAAGUGCUGAAGUUAGUGGACAUUUCCUAUGGUGGAGAAAAUGGUUUCAACCAGGCCAUUGAGCUAUCAGCGGAGGUUCUCUCCAAUGUCAAGUUCAUACAAGAAAAGAAGCUAAUAGGACGAUACUUUGACGAGAUCAGUCAGGAUACAGGAAAAUACUGCUUCGGCGUGGAGGACACACUGAAAGCCCUGGAGAUGGGAGCGGUGGAGAUCCUCAUAGUCUACGAGAACUUGGACACCAUGCGUUACAUUUUACGUGUACACGGGGCCGAGAAUGAGAAGACUUUGUACUUGACGCCAGAGCAGGAGAAAGACAAGUCUCAUUUCACAGACAAGGAGACGGGGCAAGAACACGAACUGAUCGAGAGCAUGCCGCUGUUAGAGUGGUUUGCCAACAAUUACAAGAAAUUCGGAGCCACGCUGGAAAUCGUCACAGACAAGAGCCAAGAAGGAUCUCAGUUUGUCAAGGGCUUUGGAGGCAUCGGGGGUAUCUUGCGGUACAGAGUGGACUUCCAAGGCAUGGAGUACCAAGGAGAGGACGAUGAGUUCUUUGAUUUGGAUGACUACUAG